CUGGCAUCAGGUUCCCGGGGGAAAGGGCGGAGAGUUGGCCACCAACUCAGUAACAUAAGUACCGAACAGUGAGCAGACAAACUGGGGAACUCGUUUUACCGAAACCUAAGAGAAGCGAAGCGGCUCUGGCUCUAAUUAAGGCUGCACUGACCGGUGAACGGAAGGGCAGUGAAGUGAACCAUGACCGGCAAUCCGGUGUUAUCGGGAUGAGGCAGGCGCACACGGGCGUAUAUUAGGGGGCCUGUCGCUCUCCUGCUACAAGUGCGCGUUUACUCAGUGUUCCCGGUAGAAGCAGCUGGAGGUCCAAUGGCAGCCAGGCGGACUAGAGGGAUGACCGGCUCGGAUCUGAGCAGGAGCGCCGUGGCCCGGGCUACUGCUAUAGCUGAGCAGCUCCGCUAUGAGUGCUCCAUCUUACUGGAACUUUAUAGAAAUAGGGAGAGUUUCACUGCAGAUGUUACGGUUACCGACGGUCGCCUGGUGUCCGUCCCUCCUCCCUCCUCCCAGCUGGACACCAGGGACAAGCUCUGGCGUCUGCACUCUGCUCUGCUACAGUGCCGCAGCUUGCUGGAGCGAGCCAUCGCCAAAGAGGAAGAGGAGCUGGGUGGUGGGAAGAAGGGGGAUUAUGAGACCCAGAGGAAGAUGGUGAAGGACACUCUGUCACUUCUCUUGAUAACCACUGGAGAACUCCUCAAAUCUGUUGAUGGCACAGCGGUUCUGACUCCCAGCUCAGAGGGAUUAGAGUUAGACGGUCCGACCACUCUGUUUGAGCUGAAGCUUUGGGUGUACCGGAUCUUCAGAGAGGUGGACUACUGGACCAAGACGGCCAUCACCACCUUGAAAGCCCUGCCCACAGUGAUAGACAAGGAUCGAGCGAGGACCGCGCGAAUCAGGAGCACAAGAAGCACUCGGAGAUGAGAUGGAGGCGUGAGGAGUCUGUGUGGGCGAAUAGGACUAAUGAGAGACAAAAGAGGUUAGGGAGAGACAGAAAGAGGUGAGUGAAGGAAUCAGAAGAUGCAGCAAGGUGUUCAGCCACGGGCCAAAGUGAGAAACAAACAUAUGGUGUGAAUAAGAAGGAGAUGAGUGAAAAUAGACAGCCGAGAGAGAGACAGCAGGAGUUGAGUGGGUUGGGCUAGUUUCUAGGGCAUAAAGCUCCCCUUACAUGAACAGAGGCCAUAGACAGAGCAAGGGACAGUCGUAGCCAAUAACAGCAUUUGUUGGAACAAGUUUAUUUUAAGUAUGACAGAGUCUAAUACAAGUUUAUAUUUAUUGUUUACCUUGAAAUACAACAAUGCAUCUAGAUUCAGAUCGAAGAUGCACUUUCUUUCUUUCUUUCUUUCUUUCUUCAUAACAUUAUUAACAGCAAUUCAAAAUGCACAAAUAUGUCUGUUCACCUGCUAACGUAAACAUCUCACAGUCGUGGUUUUCCUCAUGUAUGUGCUCCUUUGACACAGCAGAAGUUAUUAUUUAAGAUAUACUGCCAGGAUCCAAUACAGCUGAUGGAGGAAGCAAAGGGCACAUUCAGAUGAAAAUGAGAACAUUUGAAUUCAUGCCAUCACCAGACUGUAGCUCUGACAUGUGUAGUUUUGAAUACUGUGGCUAUAAAUCCUUCCACAUAUGUUAUUGUCUGGGGAUAUUCAGUGUAUGAAGGGGAAAACAAUAUAUGUAACAGCACCCUCUAGUGUUUACAUAGAUGAAUUCCUUCUUUCUUUCUUGGUUUUCCUCAGUAAUGCUUAUGUCAAAUUAUCCUUUAUUCCUUUGGUUUUGUUAUGUUUUUAGGGCACUUUAUCAGCGAUGAAAUCAUGUCACAGGGUUCAGGAACAACAAGUGUGUUGCAAUUGCAACAGCAUUAGUUUAAACUGAUGGGCAUGCAAAUGGGCACGUAAACAGGGAGUGGAGUGGAAAUACCAUGUAAAUAGUAGAAGUCCGCAAACUUGAGUGAUAAAAUAACUUUUUUUUUUAUUAAAAUCUUAGUCUACUUUGAUUUAUUUGUGAUACUGAUUUUAAUUGCUUAAAAUUUAUAAUGGCUUAAAAUGCAUUUAACUUAAACAAUAUAUUUUUGUUUAUAAAAAACUAAAAACGAGUGACACAAGAAUCAUAUUCUGCACAAUAAUCAUUCUGAACAUAUAUCACAUUUUGAGCAGGUCUGAAUUAGGCUUGGGUGGUACUGUGGAGUAUACAUAGAUCCCCCCACCCCCACCCCACCCAUACACAGACACACCGCAAAUAGUGAGUUUUCUACAUUCUUCAAGCUCUUUUAGCCUUUUCAGUCUAAUAAAUAAACAAUAUAAACUCACAAAAUGUCAAGAAUGGUCAUAUUAAUAUUAGAGAAAUACAACCAUACACCUUCUAAAUUCAAGUUUCUCUCUUUCACAGAACUAAGACUGGCUUUAUUGCCUCAAGACAUGAUAAAAAACACUUCAUUCAGACUCGACAGAAACAAAAUAAAAUUCACUGAAACCGCCCUGGUUAGUUUUGGUAGUCAUUUAGUUAGUUCACCUUUCCACCUAUCACCACCUCUGGUUAGGUGUAACGAAAUCCUCAAUUCAUAGAGUGAUAUAUUUUGUAAAAAUGCAGCCUUUCGCUGUCAUUGAUGGCCAACUGUUUACAGUCCUGUAACAUUAUGCCCAGUCCCCAUGUUUGUCAGCUCAGCUGCCUGUUCCACUAGUAGAGACUGAAUUCUGGUGGGAAAUGAUGGUCGAGCAGCUACUAACAGUAGGCGUCUAACUCAAAGAAGAAGAACAGCGGUUGAAAAUGUCUGCAAGUUGGGAAAACAAUGAUAUUUGGGAGCUUCUUACCCUCCAAGCCAAGGGCAAGAUCAGCUGUCAUAUAACAGGGAUGGUAAAUGAUUGUUAUUGCCAUGUUUAUGCUAUUUUUAUUGUUUAUAAAGCGCUGCAGAUGCGUAUGUUAUACAUCACAUGAGAGGCCGACGCUGUUGUGUUACAUGUCACACCUCUUUUGGUUGCGAGAUAUUGUCUAAAAUCACACACUGGAGCAUCAUGAUGCCACUGACGGUAAAUAGAAAGAUGAGCCUCUGUAUUUUUGAUAAUAUUAAAAUCCAUACUGUAGGGAUCUAUGAAUACCUUGGUAUACUGAAGUACUGUGUUUGAGUCAGAGCCUAGUGCGAAUACAAUCAGCAGAAAAUAAGGAUUUGUUCCCAUCAAAUGACCCAUUAUCUAUGUGUUAGGCAGUUGUUGCUUGCCCUGCGACAAUCAACUUAUAGCUGAUAAAUUCAUUUGUAUUAGACUGGUUAAAUUGUGAUUACAGUAACAGCGAAAUUAAUCAAAAAUGGCCCUCAAUGUUUAACUUUGUCAGUCUAACCUGGGCUGUGUUACUAAUUAAAUUUGCAUCAGUCAUAGACUCAGAUUGUUUUAAAUGAUGCAUGAACCUGCGUGGGUAAGAAAAAGAGAAGACACUGUAAAUUGGAUUGAAUCCUACAUAUUGAAGUCUUACCCACUAAGAUCCAUGAUAAUGUGGAGCACGAAGCAGAAAGGGAUGUGUUUGAGCAAAGUAUAUAUCAAGAGCUCAUUUCACAGUUUAACUUAUGUCACUUUGUUUAAUUAAAGGGCUGAGGGUUUAUUUUGUUCAUAUGUGCCUUAUCACACACUGUAUUUAGGCCUGUAGGUCAAUAAACUGUUAUGUGCACCGGGAGUAUAAACAAAUGUGUGAGAUUUGAGUGAAACACGGUACUCCAAACUGUUUUCAGGAUUCUGGAAACUGAAUAGUGUUACUGGAAGGCAGCAUGAAUGCAUUCCAUCGACUGAUCUGAGUCGCAAUGAUUGACUUUAAAUAUGAAAUGUAAACCCCAGGAAAAUAAGAACUGCUGUUUACUUUGUGCAUGCACUAAAUGAAGAACAAAAAUUCACACAGCACAAAUGCAUCUAAGGAUGCUUUGGAGUGCAGCACUUUUAAUGUGAUACACUGUAAAUGCAAAGUUUCAUGUGCUGCAUUUGCUGUUCUGUGUAUGGAUUUGGGAUGUAUUAUCUUUCCUCAUGCUCUAUGAUCAUGAUGAGCUAUCUGCUGGACUACCCAGCACAUAAAUCUUAUAAAACUUUUUUUUCCCAACAGGAUUUUCCGGCUCUGUCCUCUGUUUUGAGUCUGGUUGGCCUCAGACUAGGACAGCCUGGUCUCACAAAAAUACAUGACAUGAACACAACCUCUUAAUACUGCACUAUGCUGCCGUGGCAGGUAGUGUGUUGAAAUGGAAUGACAAUUAGGGUCCUUUGUUGUGGGGUGUACAUGCAUUUCCAGGUUCAACUACAUUUUGUUGCCUAAACCCAACUGCCACACCAUACAUAACAAACAUAAUUAUUUUAAUUGAAAACACAAUCCUCUUCUAAACCUAAUCAAGUACUUUUGGUGCCUAAACCUAAGCGUGCCACUAGCAUGUAAUUUCAACAUCAUGUGUGCCACCACCACAUAAUGUGGUGUUAACAGGUCGUGGUCAUUUCAAGCAUUUCUGUGAGAACACUCUGGACCAUGAAUGGUCAAAAACCAAAGAAAGUAGGCCAAAUUUCACCAAAAAAAUGAAAACAACAACAACAAAAAAAAACCGCAAGUGUUUUGCUACAGGUGAUGAAAUAUUAACCAAUAAGUCUGGUUUGAAUAACACGUCUAUGAGUUAAAGGUUUAUGAGACACAAAAAUAUUAACCAGUAAAUGUAUGUGUUAGCAUUUUACUGUGGAAAGUCAACACAGAGGCACUUAUUUUAUCCAACAUUUUGACAAUUGGAAGAUAAUUACAAGAAAUAUGCUGCACUUAUUACAAAGUCACCAAAGUUACAAAGUCACCAAAGUUACAAAUUCACCAGGACUGGGACUAUUGGACCAAUGCAUUGGUCUCACUGAAAUGAAUGAGGCUGCAUAUCUUUGACGCAGUGCUAUUGUUGGUCUGAAUGCAGCCUCAGAGCCUGUGCAUUAGCUUUAUGGGGCAACUGAGUAGUUACGGGUUCCAAUGGCUUCAUAUUGUUCAUCUGUUUGUGCCUCACAUAUCAUCUGUCUGUCAGGGAUUGACCCACACAAGACAGUCAUUUUGAGUCUGUCCUCUCCCCACAGAUCACAGGAAGUACAGCACUCUUGGCAAACAAAAUGUUAUGUUUGUGCAUGUACUGUUAAUUGAUUAUUUUCGCAUUCUUUUAAAUUGUGACUGUGUUUGUGUCUCUUCUUCAUGAGGGUAGGUUUUUAAGCUAUGAUGGGACCUCCCUUUUGACUUGUGGUGCAGAGAGAGCAUGCUGUAGACAAAUGGCUCAAGCACUAAGAGAGGAUUAGGUUCCCAUCACAUCUGUCUAUAAGCAGCAACCAUACUCUAGGAAACUGACAAACUCAGAGUUGUCAACUGUGGUGGGAUUUUCACAUUGUAAAGACUGUAUUAUUAACAGUUUUGUCAUAAAGAAUUGUGAUUAACUUCCUUUAUCCCCGAUGGUCAACCAAAUAUUUGGAUGUAAGUUAUCUCUUGCUGUUUAUCUUUAUGGUCAAGCAGCAAUACUCCUCACCCUGCAAAUGUAGCUUUUACUGUGCAACAAUUGUCUUGCUGGAAACACUUUUGGCCCUUGAUAAAAUGUUGACACAAGAGGCUAGACACCAAAGCCAGAUGUAAUCUUUGGGCUGACACAUUUGUUUUGUAUUUCCCUACAUCACUGCAGUCCAAAUGUCUCCUUGGUGUCUGAAAUUAAAUCUGUUGAUUGGAGUGAAAACCAUCUUCUCUUGAGCUUUUCUAGUAAAGCCGGUUUCAGACAUGGAAUCUGUAACAUUGCUGGGUGUAUCUAUCCAUUUAAGUAAGUACCAGCUUUCUGACCUUUAGACAUACAGGAGGCCUCUGUUAUGAAAAAGUUUCAUGUUGACUCUAUUCACACAAGACAGGACUAGGGUUGCAGUGAUUUACCAGUUGCUUAUCUACAAUAUUGAAAAUAAAAUGUAACUGGAUGGAGAAUCAUCCCUUUAGUUUAGUUAUUUUCAAAGGGGAGACUUUUUAUACAUAAUUCUAUAAAUAAAAUGGUUUCAAGUUUCAAUUAUAGUAAUAAAACAUUUGUUCAACCAAAAAUAACCCUUCCAUUUUCAUUCCUUUAAGGAUCAUUCUGACUGAUUAACAUAAACUCUUUAACUCUAUGAUUCUGUGAAACUGUGAUAUUUUCUGAGCCAGUUAUCAUACCGUAAAAAUCUCAUACGGCUGCCACCCUAGACAGGACAUAUACAGAUAGAGCAAUGCGCAUAGGGUUGUACCAUGAAACCAUGGGCCAGCAAUUAACAAAUAUUUUCUUGAUCAUUUAUUGCUAGUUAUUUUCUUGACCGAUUGACUGAUUGAUUAUUUUGUCUAUAAAAUGUCAGAAAAUAGUGAAAAAUCACAAAAUCCCAGAGCCCAAGUUGUCAUCUUUCAUUUGCUUGGUUUGUCCAACGAAGGAUCCAUAAUGCAAAGAUGUUCAGUUUACUAUCAAAAGUAAGCAACUCUUCAUAUUCUGGAACCUCAAACAUUUAAUGACAUUUAUGCUGAACAAUUACUUAAAUAAGCAAUUGACCAUUAAAUGUUAAUUUUCUGCAGACUGAUUAAUCAACUAGUUGUUUCAGCUCCUCAGAAGAAAGGGAUAGUUAAGUAAGUUAGGAAUAGUGUGUGAGGUGAGACAGUUUACUGCAACAAUAUUUUUAACUGUUUUGUUUUCUUGUUAUCAGUGUGGAGAGCAUGUUCUCUAAUAUCAGCUUUGGACCAAUGUAGGCUGCCACUUAGUCUAAUGUGCUGCUUCAAAAACCACAUAUUCACCGAAAACUUUAGGUAUAGUACCUUUAGAACUAAAAUGAAACCCUACAAACACGAACCCAAACCCUGGAUCCAUUAAGCGUUUUCACCUUAGACAGUACUCUUGAAUGUAGGUGCAGCUGUUGUCACUCACUGCUCGAUCCAGCUCUCAUUGUAUUUCCUCUGCCUUGGUGAAGCAGAGGGAAGUCUGCAUGUCGUUUAUGGUCCACGUAAUGGGGUUGCACACCAAGAUUUUCAGAGCAAAAAAGAACAGGCUGGAGUGAGAGACUUUCUCGAUGGGAUAUGUAAAAUAAGGAGUCCUUGUCAGGCAAGAGCAGGAGUGUAGUGCUGCUGGAGCACACCAGAAUGAUGCUCCACCACGUUUUUUCGCCAAGUGAGGAUUAGAGUAUGCAGUUAACAUAUUCAUAUUGAGUAAUAUGCAAGUAAACAUUCCACCUUAAAAGUUGCCGGCAGUCGGCCCAUUGAAUUAGGUUUUUUUCCUCAGUCUACAGCUGCUGUGAGAGGCAGCAAAACAUCCUUUGAUUAUAUAGUUAUAGUUUAAUAAUGUAUGUAAAACUUGCCAUGGUAUGAACAGUGGUUACAUAAGCCCCAAAAGCAGCCACAACACAGCCCUGAGCAAAGUGACAGUUCUCUCUCGACCAAUCAAGGCACUACAGUGUUUCUAGCUCCACCUUUAGUACCAGAUCAGUAUACUAGGUGGAAGGUAGGUGCCACACUUUCGCGAUGAUGCUGUUUCAAAGUCAGCAGUAACUGCCGUAUGAGUGCAGUGCGGAGCAGCGGUAACUAGCUAAUCAGUGGGAUACACACAUGCACUAGCAUGCACACGUUGCUGGACAGGCUUACCACAACAAACCACAGAGAAGCUCCAAUGACAGCACACACACACAGAGCAUUACUUGCCCAGGACGCCAUUACUCCAUGUUAUAUUUGCAUAGUAGAUGGCUGUUGGCUGCUACAUUAAUGUGAAUAUGGUAUAGAGCUCCUUUAUUGUCUUUCUGAAACUUAAGUACAUUGUAAAAACAUAUUGCUUAUUGAUUGGAUUCCUGAGUGGGUUUAAAUAAAUUGAUCUUGGCUAUAA